UGGAAAUUGAUCUAAAACCAUCUUGGACCUCUCUUCUCUCUCUUUUUAUCUAUCUAUCUAUCUAUCUAUCUAUCUAAUCUAUAUGCUGAAAACCAUAAGAAUAAGAAUUGAAAAUGAAAAGAAAAGAAACUGCUUAGAAUUCUGAUACAUACAUACACAGAUCUAACUAAUACCCACCAAACACGCUUCCUUCCACCUUCUACCUUCUCCGUCGCAUUUUCUUCUCUCCGGCGUCCCUAAUCCAAUCACAGUAGCACUUUUACUCCCUCCACCGCCGCACACAACUACCGCAAAUCACACCCAGCCUGGUGGUUCUAGAGUUACUCAUGUGAUGCCAUUCUAGGUUUUUUCAAUUCCGAUGGGUCUUGGAAAACUCGAUGAUGAUGACGGUGGAGGAGGUGGUUCACCUAACUCCUCCGUCCCUUGUUCAAUUUGCCUCGAGGUUGUUGCAGACACCGGCGAUCGAUCCUUCGCCAAGCUUCUAUGUGGCCAUCAAUUUCAUCUCGAUUGCAUUGGAUCAGCCUUCAAUAUGAAAGGGGCAAUGCAAUGCCCAAAUUGUCGCAAGGUUGAGAAAGGUCAGUGGCUUUAUGCUAAUGGUUCCCGUUCUUAUCCAGAAUUUAGCAUGGAAGACUGGACACAUGAUGAGGAUCUAUAUGAUCUUGGCUACUCUGAAAUGUCCUUUGGAGUUCACUGGUGCCCUUUUGGUAACUUGGCCCGUCUUCCUUCAUCUUUCGAGGAAGGGGAGAUUUCCUCAACUGCAUAUCAUGAUUUACUGGGACAACAUGCUGUAUUUGCUGAACAUACAGCUGUAUCAUCUGCUAGUCAUCCUUGUCCAUAUAUUGCUUACAUUGGACCGAUACAUCCCUCGACCUCCAACUCUGGUGGAACUGUUUCAGAAGAUUCUAACUUUCCCCACUGGAAUGGUCCACCCAGACCUAGUGACAUGCCAACCUCCUACACAUAUCCUGCAGUAGAUCUUCAUUAUCACAGUUGGGAACACCAUUCAUCUCAUUUCUCUUCUGCCACCAGCCGUCUAGGUGUUGCUGAUCAGCCUUCAGUAUCAGCUGGUACUCAAAGGCCUGCUAGGGUUGGUUCAGAGGUCCCUCGGUCCGGAUCUUUUGUGCAUCCCUUCCUUGUCGGUCACAGUUCGGGUGCCAGAGCUGGGAACUCUGUUGCAUCUUCAAUGAUCCCUCCUUAUCCAGGAAGCAAUGCUCGUGCUCGUGAUAGAGUCCAGGCUCUUCAAGCAUACUAUCAGCCUCAGCAACCUCCUAAUUCUACGACAAUGAGGACACCUGUUGCUUCCAGCAGUCGAAGAUCCAAUAGUCAUUCUCUGUUAGGUCCAUUAGCACCAGGGACCUCAUCAUCAGACAAUGCUCGCUUCGUUUACAUCCCUAACAGUGUGCCAGGACCAAAUUUUCAGGAAGAAUCUGAUCUGCCCAGCCGCUUCCAUCCUUGGGAAAGAGAUCACUCGCCUUCAUUGUUAUUGAAUCAAGUUGGUAGAGCAUACCACCAGAGUGCCAGCGGGUCAGAUCCAGGUAUCAGAUCUAGUAGAAGGCACGAAUCAGAAAGAAUGCCUUCACAAAAUCGGUGAUACACUGAUUUUAUAUUGAACAUUCAAAAUUCAUGUAUGCAUGAGAAAUGUUGCAUAAUGCUUGGGAAUUGAUCUUUCUGGCAGCCAUGUGGUGACAUUGUGAUUUGGCUUCUUCCUCUGGUUUUCUCUGCCUUGGAGAGCAUAAAAAUAAGAUGCUUUUCAAUUGGGUAAACCAGGUAUUUAAAGAACUAUUGGGGCAUUGUCGAUCUAGUAUGCUCAUUUGUGGUUGCAUAUGUUAUUGUGGCUCGCUCAUGCAACUGUUUUGUACUGAGAUACACACUGCGUGGCAAAUGUCUUCAUAAACUGUUGUGCAAGAACUCGCUGGGGGUUUCGAACUCGCUUGAUAACUAGUCAACUAAGGUAUUUGCAAGACUGAUUUGAUUAAAUAAUCUUUAGUGGUUACUAAAUAAGGUGCUUUUGCACCAAAUUUUUUUUAUAAGCUUGCACCAAAUAUAGUACUAUAGUUUGGAUUAAUAGACUAUCAUAUAUGCAUGCCAUGUUUGAUGUA